AGAGCGAGCCAGGAAGAAAGGGGGAGCUGUGCGAGAUCUGUGAGGUGACCGGUUCCAGCCGGAUCCCGCGCCUGCGCACUGCGCUCACACCAUGGUGCAGAAGGAUGGACCGAGCGGGGCCGCCGAGCAAGACAAGCAGGCCGGAGCCAGCCCCCCUCUGAAUGCGGAGCUGCCCCCCAACACCGGAGAGGAGCCGGAGAUCCCCCGGGCCAGGCGCUUCCUGUGCGGGGUGGUGGAGGGGUUCUAUGGACGACCAUGGACUAUGGAACAGAGGAAAGAACUUUUCAGAAGGCUUCAGAAGUGGGGUCUUAACACCUACCUGUACGCACCAAAGGAUGACUACAAGCACAGAAUGUUCUGGAGGGAGAUGUACUCUGUGGAGGAAGCUGAUCAGUUAAUGACCUUGAUCUCCGCUGCUCAAGAAUUUGGGAUUGAGUUUAUAUACGCCAUUUCUCCCGGGCUUGAUAUAACCUUUUCCAAUCAGAAGGAAGUGUCCACGCUAAAACGCAAAUUAGACCAGGUCACUCAGUUCGGGUGCAAGUCGUUUGCUCUUCUGUUUGAUGACAUUGAUCACAACAUGUGUCCGGCGGACAAGGAGGUGUUCAGCUCUUUCGCUCAUGCACAAUUGUCCCUAACCAAUGAAAUUUUUCAGUACUUGGGUGAACCGGAAACCUUUUUAUUUUGCCCCACAGAAUAUUGUGGCACAUUCUGCUACCCGAAUGUGGCUCAGUCUCCUUACCUGCGAACAGUUGGUGAGAAGUUACUUCCUGGUAUCGAUGUCCUCUGGACAGGCCCGAAGGUUGUUUCUAAAGACAUUUCUGUGGAAUCCAUUGAAGAGGUUUCCAAAAUCCUCAAGAGAUAUCCGGUGAUUUGGGACAACAUACAUGCCAAUGAUUACGACCAGAAGAGGCUUUUCCUAGGGCCUUACAAGGGGCGAUCCACUGAGCUCAUUCCCCGUCUCCAGGGAGUCCUGACCAAUCCGAACUGUGAAUUUGAGUCGAAUUACGUGGCUAUUCACUCCCUUUCUACGUGGUAUAAAUCGAACAUGAAUGGCGUGAGGAAGGAUGUCGUAAUGACUGACAGUGAAGAUAGCACUGUGUCCAUCCAGAUUAAACUAGAAAAUGAAGGCAGUGAUGAAGAGUUGGAGACCGAUAUGCUGUACAGUCCUCAAAUGGCUUUGAUAUUGGCUCUGAAAGACUGGCUGGAGGAGUUCGGAGAACCUCAACAGUACAGCAGCAGGCAAGUCGCUCUCAGCGGGGCCAAGACUGGCGCUGUUGGAAUGGCGCCAUUGAUAUCCACUCAAUCCUUAAAUGCCGCAACAUCCGUCACUGCUAUGUACCAGCAGCCCAUAAUGAGCCAGGGAGGGGCGUUGGGCACCGAGCCACCUGUGCUGGCUAAAGAGGAAGAGAAGAAGCAGCUGGAAGAGGAGCCAAUGGAAAUGGUGGAAGAGAAGGUCGAGGAUGUCAACAAGAACGUGACAGACAUUGGCGAGGCCAAAAUGUCAGAAGAGUUGAAGCCUAUGGACACAGACAAAGAAGGCGUAGGGGAAGCAAAGUCUUCCGAAUCGUGCAUGCAAGAUGACGUGUGCAUGCAGACCGACGAGCAGAUCAGUAAAGAGCUGUUUGUCCCCGGGCCUAAUGAGAAGCCUCUUUAUACUGCCGAAGGUGUCAGCCUGGACGAUUUACAAUUACUGGCUGACUUGUUCUUUUUGCCUUAUGAACAUGGAGCAAAAGGUGCUCAGAUGUUGAAGGAAUUUCAGUGGCUCCGGGCGAACAGCAGCGUUGUGAGCGUUAACUCUGAAGGCAAAGAUGUAGAAAAAGUGAACGAGUGGCAUGCCCGGGCAGGAAAAUUUGAGGAGAUGUGCAGUGUGGUAAUGACCAUGUUUACUCGACUCUCUAACGUCCCCAACAGGACCAUCUUGUACGACUUGUACCCCUAUGUCUGGGACAUCAAGAGUAUUAUUGCUAUGGUGAAGUCAUUUGUGCAGUGGCUAGGGUGUCGUAGUCAAUCUUCAGCACAGUUCUUAAGUGGAGACCAAGAGCCCUGGGCCUUUAGAGGAGGUCUAGCUGGAGAGUUCCAGCGUUUGCUUCCGAUUGAGGCAGCAAAUGACCUCUUUUUUCAGCCUCCUCCCCUGACGCCUACCUCUAAGGUGUACACAAUACGACCGUAUUACCCAAAAGAUGAGGCCUCGGUGUACAAGAUCUGCAGAGAAAUGUAUGACGAUGCCAUGGAUGAUGUGCCAUUUGAAAGUCAGCCUGACCUGAUCGGCGAUAAGCUUGUUGGAGGGCUCCUGUCUCACAGCCUGGACUAUUGCUUUGUGCUGGAAGAUGAAGAAGGUAUUUCUGGCUACACUGUGGGAACUGUGGAUGUUUCUCCGUAUCUCGCAGAGUGCAAAAAUUCCUGGAUCCCUUUCAUGCAGGAAAAAUACGGCAAACCCAAGGGGGAUAAGGAGUUGUCUGCAGCAGAGAAAAUCAUGCUGAGUUUUCAUGAAGAGCAGGAAAUAUUACCCGACACAUUCCUAUCUAACUUUCCGUCAUUAAUAAAAGUGGACAUUCACAAGAAGGUCACCGAUCCCAGUGUAGCCAAGGGGAUGAUGGCGUGCCUCCUGUCUUCUCUGAAAGCCCAUGGAUCACGCGGUGCUUUUUGUGAAGUCAGACCCAACGACAAAAGAAUCCUCGAUUUUUACAGCCAGCUCGGCUUCUUCGAAAUUGCCAAAAUGGAGGGAUUCCCGAAAGAUAUUCUUAUCCUCGGAAGAAGCCUUUAAAUGUUUGCUGAAAAACAAAAAAAACUUGUCUGGAUUUGUUCCCCGCGAUUCCAUGUUUUUGCCGGCCGGAUCUUUGAACAACUCCUAUGCAUUCUACAACACAACGAUUCGAUCUUUAAUACAGA